GUAGUUUCAUCUGUAUGAUAAAUUUUAAGGUGCCAUUAUAGUACGCUCCUUCGCACUGUCUGUUCAGUAGCACCCCGACCGAUGAUUAGUAAACACUGACAUUUAUUGGCAAAUGGCUUCCCAUUUGGUGCGCAGUUAUCCACAUGGAAACUAGCUGAAUACUGGGACGAGGGAGAUUGAGAUGGCUAUCCUGAGGCCUCUUCCCCAUCUUCUCUAGCGACCUGACCUCACUGCCCCUUACUGACGACUGCCCCCCCGUCCUCCUCACUGCGAGUGACCCCAUCAGGCCGGAUCACCCACAUGGCGGGGGAGAAGGGCCGUCGCAGUGCCAUGGACAUCAAGCGUCUGGCCGGCCUGCUCCAGCGAGGGGCCGGCCGCCUGCUGGUCAUCGACAGCCGCACGUUCUCUGAAUACAACGCGUCGCACGUUCAUGGUGCUAUCAACGUUUGCUGCUCCAAACUGGUUAAGAGAAGGCUCCAGCAAGACAAAGUAUCAGUCACAGAGCUCUUGCAGCCCAACGGAAAGGUCAAGGUGGACCUGUGCAGGAGACAAGAAGUGGUCGUUUAUGAUCAGAGCACUAAGGAUGUGGGUCAGCUGUCUAAAGAUGGCUUUGUCCACAUUCUCCUCAGCAAGCUGGACAGCACCUUCCACCGGGUGUCUCUUCUCACAGGAGGCUUUGCAGCAUUCUCCUCCUGUUUCCCUGGUUUGUGUGAGGGCAAGCCCGUUGCCACAUUACCCAUGAGUCUGUCUCAGCCCUGUUUGCCAGUGGCCAACGUGGGGCCCACACGCAUCCUGCCCCAUCUCUAUCUGGGCUCCCAGAAAGACGUGCUCAACAAGGAUCUCAUGGCUCAGAAUGGCAUUACAUAUGUGUUGAAUGCCAGCAAUACAUGCCCCAAGCCAGAAUUCAUCUCUGAGAACCACUUCAUGCGCAUUCCUGUCAAUGACAACUACUGUGAGAAACUUCUGCCUUGGCUGGACAAAACCAAUGAGUUCAUCGAUAAAGCCAAGGUUUCCAACUGCCGAGUCAUUGUCCAUUGUUUAGCUGGCAUCUCCAGGUCAGCCACCAUUGCCAUAGCUUACAUCAUGAAGACAAUGGGUUUGUCAUCGGAUGACGCAUACAGGUUUGUGAAGGACCGAAGGCCUUCGAUAUCACCCAACUUUAACUUUCUCGGACAGCUGCUGGAGUUUGAGAAGGGUUUGCGGCUCCUGAAAGCCUUGUCUUCGGGGCAGGAGAAGAUGGGAGCUGAGCAGUCUCAGGAGUUACCGGAGUCCAAAGGAGAAACCACCAAGCCAGAGAAGGGGCAUCAAGAUGCACAAACAGAGGGUGUUGAAUCAGAGAAAAAGCUGGUGUCACCCACAACACUCCAGCAGGGUUUCAACGGCCUGAAUCUAUCGGCUGAGCGUAUCCUAGACACCAACCGUCUCAAACGCUCUUUCUCUCUCGACAUCAAGUCCGUGUACACCCCUAGCAACUGUCCUCGUGUCACGCCCGUCCACUCCGAGGACGUCCCCAAACUUUGUAAGCUGGACAGUCCCAAUUCGGCCAACGGCGUCUGCCAGUUCUCGCCGGUUUCCGACAGCCCCGGGUCGGCGGAGUCGCCCGGGUCGAUCUCAGAGGGACGACCACGGUCCAGAAGAAAAGGGAAGAACAACAGCAGUGCGGGCAGCUCGCCGGUCCAUUCGCUCAACCUGAGUUUUGGCCAACCCCUUCCCGUGCACAAAAGCCCCAGUUUGGACGACAGCUUGAAGCCAUCUCUGCUGCUUAGCCUGCCCACGAUGGGCACAGGGCCAAUGUGGACCAAACAUCGGGACACCGUGCAGGCCACUACCCCCGUCACACCCACCGGUGACGCUCCGUGGUUCUACAGCUCAGAGUCGCUGAACGGAAGCGGGGGUGCGGUCCAUUUCGGCGGCGGUUCGGCUUACGUGGCCCUGGGCUGCAGCGGGUUGCCUAAUGGGUGCGAAACGGUGCGUCUGCGGGAGAAAUCCGCCGAACCCCGGGACUCGCGAGGCAGCUGGCACGAGGAUUCAUCUGCCAGCGCCUCGGACAAACAGUUCAAGCGGCGCAGCUGUCAGAUGGAGUUCGAGGAGGGCAUCUCCGAGACGCACUCCCGCGAAGAGCUGGGCAAAAUCGGCAAACAGUCCAGUUUUUCAGGCAGUAUGGAAAUCAUAGAGGUUUCCUGACAUGCAGAUGCACAAAAAAGAACUGUCAUGCAGAGGCAUAAGACUAUGAGUGAGAACAGCACCUGGGGUAAAUUAUGAUGCAUAGCAUUCGUUUUUUAAGUUCAUGAGUUUUGCUGAA